AUGCAAAAUGGACAGGGGACGAAAAACCUUCAGCGUGGGGUAGACGAGUGCGAGACACGGCGUGGUGUUCAGGCUGGUACCCUGGAUUCUGUUGGCGCACAACAAACUCUCGAAAAUUCAGUGUCAUCUUACACACAAGCUGCACACCGUGCGCUAAUUGCUUUGCGCUGUGCAGUUUCAAAGCGCCCAUUCAACUUUGUCACUGAUCCACACUACAUUGCUGAAGUCCAGCUCCUUCGACCAGGAGUUAUUAUCCCCAACCCCCGUACUGUUGCGCGUGACGUGUCCGCUAUCUAUCUCGAGGGAUCGAAGCAAGUCAAAGUGUAUUUUUCCGUACGUCUUUCCUUUUUGAAUAAGAUCUGUCCUGAAUUUCUUUGA